AGAAGUCUUGUACCAAACAACAAGGUUCUCGUGUUGUCAAAGCUGCAGCUUUGAGGUCACCAUAUCUCAAAAUUGAAGACUUGAGCAGGAAAUACAGACCCUUGCAUAUACAGUCUAUGACCUUCCCAUCCCUGUGCUACUCGGGCAGAUAUAGUCCCUUUGAAACUCCUCCUCCUCCUCGGUUCGAAAAAAGGAGGAAGGAGAAGAAAAAUAAAACAAGGGAGAAGAAAGAAGUUGAAAGCACUAGUCAGGAUAAAUCCCUGACUCCAAUCAGUUGUAACCCUUCUCCUUGGCAGCCACGCAAAAAGGACGUGUCUUACUGUGAAUGCUGCCAGCAACCCUUCACUAAUCUGCAGGAGCAUUUACAGUCCGAACAGCAUCGGACAUUUGUGCUGGAUCCCUCCAACUACAGUGUGGUGGAUAAACUUGUGGCUGACAUGCUUCCAGGGUUCAACCCCAGUCCAUCUGAACUAUCAGAGGAAACACUGAACAGACCACCAACUACUUCUUUGCCCAUCCACGAUGUCUGUGAACUUGAGCCUCUAUCUGAUGUGGAGACAGAACGUGCUGUCCAGGCUCUGCAGCGACAAGGUUCAUCAUUCAGUAUUUGCAUCUCCAGCCCUACUAGGGCUCCUCUUUCCUUUGGCCCUGCUGGUCCAUCACCAGGAAGUCAGUUUCCCAUCCCAAAUCCAGACACUCUACGUGGUGACAUCCAGUCUUUCAGUCCUACAGAGUGCCAGUUCCCUGUUAUACAACCUCACACUCCAAGCCCAGCCAUAUUGGAUGUCAAACCACAAGCUCAUGACCUGGCCAGCCAGCAACCUGAUUUUCCACAUCUCUCCCCCUGCCCUCAGACCCCACCUCCUGCCCCUGAUCCUUACUCAUUGCCUCCGCUCCUCAGCCCACAAGCCCCUUAUUCCUCCAUUAUGGAACCACACAACCUAUACUCAGAGCCCCCUGUCCUUAGUCCUCAACAGUACAUAGUAGAGGAGGCUGUAGAAGGUGUUAUUUGUGAAAUGGACAGUGCAGAGUGUUUGUCCAAAUCCGUCUCAGCUGUCACACUUCCUGUCUCCACCACACUUCUUCCCUCUGUGGCUGUGACAAAUGCAGAAGGAGUGAAGGGAUCAAACCAAGAUGGUCUUUUCUUAUUGAGUGGGUUUGUAUGUUCAAGCAGUGGUUUGGACUGUGAUAAACUGGCUUCAUGUAGAUCUCGAUCCCUCUCUCGACAGUCAGCUACAGCAGCAAACCGCAAAAAGCGCUGUCGAUCGGCCAGCCCUGAAUGUAGCUUGAGCAAAACGAGGAGGGUUACAGCGACAUUUGACUACAGCUCUAGAUGGACUGAACUAUAUCAUACAUCUGCAAAUCCAGAAAGGGACAUUAUGGCAAAACCUGAAGGCUGUUUGUUAUUUGACCAGACCUCUUGUCAGAUGAUACAAUCUUGUCCUAACCCAAAUGUCUCGUCAAUGUCCAGCUUGUGCGCUGUGGAAACUGUUGGUUUAAAAGAGACUUCUACCACAUUUUGUGCUCCCGCUGUACAGAAUCUCACUCAGGCACCAAAUCAAAUUGACAUUUUAUGCCAUGAUAGCACCUCAGUUGCACAUCAGCCCUCAUGGCCGCUCUCCUCAAAGACAAAGUUUUUUGAUCCUCCACUUCAGUUUUCCAGUGAUAAACCUCAAAACUGUCCAAGUUCACUAUCCCAGUCUACCUCAGUGUGCAUUGAGUCUACCCUUAUCCCAGACUUAGCCACACUCUCUCCAUCAUCAUCAGACUCUGACUGGGACUGUGACCUGCUGUCACGUCUGGGUCCCACUUUGGCUACGUCUCUGCCGCCCACUGAGCAGAGCUGUGAGCUUGACAAGGACCUCCUCCAAAGGCCGUGCACCUGGAUGCAUGACACCAGCUACGAAUCACAUCUGCACACUGCUCUUCAUAUGUCAACCCCAACAGCUUCAUUGUGUGGGGAAGAAACAGACCCUUCAGCAUUUUCAAGGACAUUGGUACAGAUUGUCAAGGUUCAACACUGAUCAUUAUUUGUUUUGAUCAACUGGAAGCUGUGCUAUGUCUUUAACUUAGCGGCUGUGUGCCCCACCUCCUUAACUAAAGGCAGCACUUAAGCUCAUCAAAACAAGUCAAUGAAUUUAACAUUGAAUACGUAUUUUGAAUUUAGUGCAAACUAGAUUGUAAUAUUCAGCUGUUUUUAGGAAUGCUUGUUUUUACUUUUUAGCGUAGCUCAGUUGAUGCAUAGCGGAUGCUGCAACUUUCCAUAAAUUUAAUGGCAUCCAUUAUUAUUUUUCUUGCUUGUGCACAGAACCCAAAGUAAUAUUCUUUAUGUCGUGCUGACUGCGGACUUUCAGCAGCCAUGUCCGGGAACACAUGGUGGUAUUGAGAAUUUAAUGAGGCUUAUCUGAAAGGGGCAUUACUCAAUUGCUGAAAGUGCUGCAUCUGGAUCAGAUCCCACGUGCACCUACGUUGAUGGUCAAACAAAAUGAGGCGUUAGAGUGGAGGACUAUAGCCUAUAAGACGAACCAAGUAAUGUCAAAUAGCUUUUCCGGCCUUUUGAACUGGCCAAAG